AUGGACAUGCACGCUCACAAAUCCGCCAGAGAGCACGCUCACAGAGAACACGCCCAGAGAACGCGCUCACAGAGGACGCUCACAGACUUGCCAGAGAACACGCCAGCAAAGAUGAGUGGCUAUGACCGCACCAGCAUCAGCUCCCCCGGCGACGGUGGCGGGACGCGGCACCACUCCCACACCGACGACGACGCCGCCGGAACAUGGAUCCCCGUCAUCUCCCACGGAUUUGUGCAUCAGAACCUGUUCGUUUGGCAACCCCGCGCGCCGACUCUUCCGCCGACUCUCCCGCCAAUUCUUCCGCCGAUUCCCCCUCCAGUCAGAGACAUCACCCAACCGGCCGAGGAGAUCGCGUAUCUCCCCAGCCUCCGGAGGUGGCUACUCGACAGCCAUACCCUCCAAGCCAUGGGGGCGCCGACGGGCCCGACCCCUUUCGCCAAAUGCUCCAUCUGCCGCUUGGCCAGGCUUGACAUCGCAGAGCUGCGGCCGCCCCCGGCGCUGCCGCAUGGGCCUGCCGCUCUGCCUAGCGAGGAGGAGGAGGAGGAGGAGGAGGACGACGACGACGACGAUCACGAGCGGGCGGUGGUCCUGUUCUGCGGCCACAUGUUUGGUCGGAAAUGCCUGACGUCCUGGUUGACGAGCCAGCUCGGAAGUGGGGGAGAGUACGGCUGCCCGGUCUGCAAGGCUAACGUGUGCUACGGCAGCUGGGGCCGGGCCGACGGCUGCAGCCACCACGUCCCGGGACUCGACAUCGACGACUGCGGCGGCGUCCUGGCCGUCCCGCGCACGCGCGACGAGGGCGGCCGCCUCCCGGACCGCUGCGACCGGUGCCGGGUCAUGCACGACCCCGCGGUCGUCGGCUGGGGCAACCGUGACGUGGCGGAUGGGAUCCGAACCCGGCCGGCGGCGCUCUGGCAGCCCCAGGCGGGCUCGCUCAAUCCGCCUUCAGCUGCAGUGCCGGGGUAUCCGAGGAUGCCUCUAUGGCCUCUGUCGCCUAGGAUCUGGAUUGUCGAGGGUUACCGGAAUGUCCCCCGGGACUUCUGAUACCUAGAUCGGGGAUGGAUCCGUGGGCUCUUGAUCUGCGCCUCUUGACGUCCAGAUAGGUAUCUAAACAUUCGGAACAGAUACAUUCGGAAUAGAUAACAUAGGCCUGUCAGGUGAUG